GAGGUUUCAGUAGGUCUGCGCGCUCGUUAGGCCAGUCGUUCUUACGUUAGCUGCGGCUCCCGUGCCCAGAAGAGUCCGAGCCAUGCAUGUGGACAUCUCACAGUCUCCGCGCCGGAACCGGGUGUUUGUGGUGGGCGUUGGGAUGACCAAGUUCACAAAGCCUGGAGUUGAGAAUUCAAGAGACUACCCUGACUUGGCAAAGGAAGCAGGCCAGAAGGCUUUAGCGGAUGCACAGAUCCCUUAUUCUGCAGUAGAGCAGGCAUGUAUUGGCUAUGUGUAUGGUGACUCUACCUGUGGACAGAGGGCUAUCUAUCACAGUUUGGGACUGACUGGAAUUCCUAUAAUCAACGUCAACAAUAACUGUUCUACUGGUUCAACUGCUUUGUUUAUGGCCCGGCAACUGAUUCAGGGUGGUCUGGCAGAUUGUGUCUUGGCUCUUGGGUUUGAGAAGAUGGAAAAGGGAUCCCUUGGAUUAACAUUUGCAAAUAGGACCAAUCCAAUUGAUAAACAUCUCGAAGUCCUGAUCAACAAGUAUGGAUUGUCAGCCCACCCAGUUGCUUCUCAGAUGUUUGGGUUUGCUGGAAAAGAGCACAUGGAAAAAUAUGGAACAAAACUUGAACACUUUGCAAAAAUUGGAUGGAAAAAUCAUAAACAUUCAGUUAAUAACCCGUAUUCCCAGUUCCAAAAGGAGUACAGUUUAGAUGAAGUGAUGGCAUCUCAAAAAAUUUUUGAUUUUUUGACUAUCUUACAAUGUUGUCCCACUUCAGAUGGUGCUGCAGCGGCAAUUUUGGCUAGUGAAGCAUUUGUACAGAAGCACGGCCUGAAAUCCAAAGCUGUGGAAAUUUUGGCUCAAGAGAUGGUGACUGAUAUGCCAAGCUCGUUUGAAGAAAAAAGCAUUAUUAAAAUGGUUGGCUUUGAUAUGAGUAAAGAAGCUGCCAGAAAGUGCUAUGAGAAAUCUGGCCUGAGACCAAGUGAUAUUGAUGUAAUAGAACUUCAUGAUUGCUUUUCCACCAAUGAACUUCUUACUUAUGAGGCACUGGGACUCUGUCCAGAAGGUCAAGGUGGGAAACUGGUUGAUAGAGGAGAUAAUACUUAUGGAGGAAAGUGGGUCAUAAAUCCUAGUGGUGGAUUGAUUUCAAAGGGACACCCACUUGGAGCUACAGGUCUGGCUCAGUGCGCUGAACUCUGCUGGCAGCUGAGAGGGGAAGCCGGAAAAAGGCAGGUUCCUGGUGCAAAGAUUGCUCUGCAGCAUAAUUUAGGCCUCGGAGGAGCAGUAGUUGUCACGCUGUACAAGAUGGGUUUUCCUGAAGCUGCCCGUUCUUUUAGAACUCAUCAAAUUGAGGCUGCUCCAACCAGCUCUGCAGUUGAUGGAUUUAAGGCAAGUCUUGUCUUUAAGGAGAUUGAGAAGAAGCUUGAAGAGGAAGGGGAGCAGUUUGUGAAGAAAAUCGGUGGUAUUUUUGCCUUCAAGGUGAAGGAUGGCCCUGGAGGUAAAGAAGCCACCUGGGUGGUGGACGUGAAGAAUGGCAAAGGAUCAGUUCUCUGUAACUCAGAUAAGAAGGCCGACUGCACAAUUACAAUGGCUGACUCGGACUUACUGGCUUUGAUGACUGGUAAAAUGAAUCCUCAGUCAGUAAGUAUGAUGGCGCUUAGUUGUGAAGCUAAUGAUGUGCCAGACAAUGCCCUGUGUGCUGGAAAUGUCCAGAUGUAGAAGAAAUAGUUCCCAUGCUCAGGGCGUCCACAAUUUGGUACAAGACAGGUCUGCAAAAGAGUAAGUGCAGGGCCUCCCUGGUGGUGCAGUCGUUAAGAAUCUGCCUGCCAAUGCAGGGGACACGGGUUUGAGCCCUGGUCCAGGAAGAUCCCACAUGCUGUGGAGCAACUAAGCCCGUGCGCCACAACUACUGAGCCUGCACUCUAGAGCCCAUGAGCCACAGCUACUGAGCCCAUGCACCACAGCUACUGAAGCCCGCAUGCCUAAAGCCCGUGCUCUGCAAUAAGAGAAGACACCGCAAUGAAAAGCCCACGCACCGCGACGAAGAGUAACCCCUGCUCACCGCAGCUAGAGAAAGCCUGCACACAACAACAAAGACCCAAUGCAGCCAAAAAUAAAUUAAUUUUAAAAAAAAACUUAAGAGUAAGUGCAGCCAAAUAUCCAAGGUGCCCCGCCUUACUUGUGGUCAGGGAGGGUGGAGGAAGGAGAAGCCACAUCUUCCCGGGCCAUCAGAGAAGGCUUCACAGAGGAAACAAUGCUUGGCUGAGUCCUGGGAGUGAUUAGGAGUUAGCAGUGCACAGAUGGAGAGUAGGAGCCAUCAGAUAGAAGGAGGGACGGGUGUGAACAAAGGCAUGAUCUUGUACAUUUCGUGUCUUUGCCCGUGCUCUUUUUCUUUGCCUGAGCUGUCCUUCCUUGACAAACUCCUUGCCUUUCAAAAUGAACUUAGAUGUUAUGUCCAAAGACCUCCUACCACAUUGUUGGGGAGCUGUAGUCAGUCCCUCUUCUGGGCCACUUACUGGACUGCUAGCCUGGCACUUGUCUCAUUAUACUAGUCAUAAUGUGCCUAUCUCUUCCCUAUUAGAUUGUGUGUAUCUCAAGGGAACAAAGCACAUCUUGAUCAUCUUUGUGUCUCCAGAACUUAGCAUGAUGCCUUGUGCUUUUGGGUUUUCACAAUUAAUUUGCAUUUGUCUAAGAUGUAUUUAUGCCUUGUAUAGAUUUUCCAGGCCCUCAGAUUGUCAAGGGUCUUAUACUCUUUAGUUGUACAGUGUUGAACAGACUUGGUAUACAUUAUCCAUAGAUAACACAAAGGAAGCUAAAAUGCUGCUUUCCACCGUAACCUUAUUUUUUUGUUGUUGCGUCAGCCUGAUUUGUUUUAGGUCUUGUUCCUGUGGUACCCUCGUAAUUUGAAAGAUUGGAUAAAACAACAAAAUCUGACUCCUACUCGUAUUCCUUUUAAAAAUGCUUUUUCUAAGCAACUAAGCAUAUUUCAGCUGAUGUGUCAACAAGUGAGAGACUUGCAUCUGUGAUGUUUCAACUGAAUACACACCAUUGACAUUGACAUUUCCACCCACUGCGCCCUCUCCAAAAGUCUGGACAGAACAGAGGCCACCAAUCUCGGAGCUGGCCGACGUCCUCCUUCCCACCUACCGCUGCUUAUUCCACGGUGCACACCAUGCACUUCCUUGGCAGUGUGGUCAGGCUUCACACUCAGCUGCCCUCGUUCUCUCAGUUUAUCUGUUUACCACCCAUUUUGGGGAGUGAAGUGUCAGCUUACUCUUCCUGAACACCUGUUAGCACCCAAAGGAAUUAAAGAUAAAAAUAGGAGAUGUUUCUGUUAAUGUGCUAAUGGCCUUCCCUUAUGCUCAGUAGAAGACUUGACUGGAAACCAUUAAAUGCAGUGGAAAUUAUAAUUUCAGUGUUUGGCUGCAGUUGAAACAAAGCAAUGUGAUCUCCAGCAGGAAGCACAUGAAGAACGCCUUAGGGGCCAGAUUUAAAUGACUCUUAUGUUCGGAUUCUCUAAAAAGUGAAGACUCAUUUUUCCCUAUAAUAAUUAUUAAAUGAAAAGUCAUUUCCUCUUUUAAUUAAGAAAAGGGAAAUAUGGUGAGUUUCUCUUCUAGGUACUACUGGUCCAUAUUUUUAAAGGACAUAUGUUAAAUAUAUUGUGUUCUGAGACACCUGACCUUAAAGUCAUCAGACAGAAGGCUGUGUGCCAUAUAGAAAGAAAUAUUUAGUUUGUCCAGACAGAGGAGAAAAAAAAAAGGAAUUAGUCACCCUCACCAGAAGGUGUAGAGAAAGCAGAGCUCUGAGAUUUCCUAUGGAUGAGGCAGAAGAGCCCCUCACUUCUUAACGAAUAUACUUGUUAGGAAACUAAGACUACCAGGACUUUUCCUGUAGCUUUUCCUUAUUUUAAGAAUUGAGUUGAAAGACCGAGAUCGUAGCAGGGAAAUAAUGCUAUGUUCCCAAUUUUUCUAUUUCUUUAAAGUUUUCCUGGGAUUUUGUUACAUGAUAAAUUUAGCAAACAUCAUGUGAUCUAAUCCCAGGCAGUUGUUAAAUGGAACAAACUGUGGCUCUGCACUUGGGAUUGGUUUGAUUCUUCUUAUUGAGCCAAAGAUUAACACAGACACCUCAGUCUCAGCAGUCUGCCUGGCCUCCCUCUGUAGGGAAUAAAUCUUUAUCAUGUAGACCAAAAAAGGGAGAAAAAUGGUCACAUUUCAUCUGCAUUGUAUUGAAUCCCAAGAGUUCAUAAGCGUGUUAUGCAUGUGCUUUUUCUCCCUGCUAGCAGACCCACUGAACAAAUGUGUAAUGUUUUUAAACAAAAUCGGUCUAGUAUGAAUCCACUCUGCCUAAUAUUAGGAAAAUGUACCACCUUUGAGGAAGGCAGGUAAAGGCAGACUCAAUUUUUAAGAGAACACAUUUGGGAAAGAUGUGCCUUUUGACGGCUCUGUGUAAAGCAUGACUUUUACAGAUUCGUCCUUUUGAAGACUCUGGUUCUGAAUCUAUUCCUGAAAGCCAAGUUUCAUAUUUUGAAGAAAGUUUAAGAGACCUGGAUAAAUAAAUCAUCUCAGGGCUGGAUAGUCUAGAAAUAUCAGCGGUCUCAAAACAAAAAACACCAAAUGAUAAAUUUUCUUUCUUCUUC